CGAGUUCCAAGCAGCUGGUUAUAAUUUAGGCUAUGAGGCUAGCAGGCCCGCUGUGUCUCUGCUGUGUAUCACAGUGGCAGCUGAACCAAAACAUUAGCUCUAAUGCUAAAGUUAAACAAUGCCGUGUCAUUAAUUAGUCUGAUAAUAAGUCAGCUUUAGAGCCGCGCUAACAACUAGCCAGUUUGCUAACGGCUGGUUUGCCCUGUUAGCCGCGCCCCCAACAACAGCAGCAGCUGCACUGAAUUCCUGCGUUUCCUCGUUAGCAGUCCGCACGGAAAAACGGCACUUUAGAGGAAAUUCAAAUGGAGACAAACGCACCGAAAAGACGAGAUAACAAGAAAUCAUUGCGUGUGAAGGUAAUAAGCCUCGGAAAUGCCGAGGUCGGAAAGAGCUGCAUCAUCAAACGCUACUGUGAGAAGAGGUUUGUUCCCAAGUAUUUGGCCACUAUUGGUAUUGACUAUGGAGUCACCAAAGUGCAGGUUCGUGACAGAGAAAUCAAAGUGAACAUCUUUGACAUGGCCGGACAUCCUUUCUUUUAUGAAGUGCGUAAUGAGUUCUAUAAGGACAGUCAGGGGGUGCUGCUGGUUUAUGACGUCGGCCUCAGGGAGAGUUUCGACGCCCUCGACAGCUGGCUGGGGGAGAUGAAACAGGAAAUGGGCUCUCAGGCUAACAUGGACAGCAUCGUGUUCGUCGUCUGUGCCAACAAGGUGGACCUGACGAAGCGGCGGGUGGUGGACGAGGGGGAGGGCCGUCUGUGGGCGGAGUCCAGAGGGUUUCAUUACUUUGAGACGUCGGCACAAAGUGGAGAAGGCAUCAACGAGAUGUUCCAGGCGUUCUUCUCCUCCAUCACCGACAUGUGUGAAAAUGGCGGAAAGCGUCCGGUGUCUGAGGUCAGCGUCGGCUUCACCAAAGAGCAGGCCGACACCAUCCGACGCAUCCGAAACAGCAAGGACUCUUGGGAUAUGUUGGGUGUGAAACCCGGGGCCACGCGGGAGGAGGUGAACAAGGCGUACCGGAAGCUGGCGGUCCUGCUGCACCCGGACAAAUGCGUCGCCCCCGGCAGCGAAGACGCCUUCAAGGCCGUGGUGAACGCCCGCACCUCACUGCUGAAGAACAUUAAAUAACACACAAACACACACCUGACAGCUCUCGUAGAGAUCGGACCUCUUUUCACUCAGACGUGGACUGAAGACUCGCACACAGCCGCACGAACAGUGUUUAUUUAUUGGAUAUUUAUUUAGUGUCUUUUGUGCCAUGUUGCUGUUUGCCAACAUAACGUCUGGUUUCUGACCAGUUUUAACUUAUUUACUACAUUUUGUCUCUACAGUGGUGUGUGUGUGUGUGUGUGUGUGUGUGUGUGUGUGUGUGUGUGUGUGUGUGUGUGUGUGUGUGUGUGUGUGUGUGUGUGUGUGGAAGAUGAUGAGGGCCACAUGGGAAAAUAAAAUGGAGGAUUAGAAAAGUCUUUGUUGCUCAGAGAAUUGCGUUUGAAGUCAAAGUCAGAUUAUUUUAGUCUACGUUUCACAUCUGCGAUGUCAUGUCAGAAAGUUUCCGCACCUUUAACUCAGAACUUUGAGUUUAGAAUCCAAACUGUUAAGACUUUUAUCAUUUUUCCUUUUUUCUGAUUAAUCUCAGACGGUUUUCUUUCUCAUGGCCUUCAUCCUCUUCCUCAUGUUGGCGAGUGGUUUUGAGGUCAGUGUGUUUGUCACGCCUGGGUUAACAUCUUCCUGUUGAAGUUGAUGACAUUAGCAGAGCGGCAGGUCAAAGGUCAGCGCUAACUUGAUUUGAUAGUGAAACACAUUCAGAUGUUCCGUGUGUUAUUUAAGAAAAACAGAUUCAGUCAGAAAAGUUACAAACCAGUAUAAAAGUCCAUUAAUUCUUAUUAACCGUGACUUUUAUUCUGGAGGAAAAACACUUCACAGCCUUUAGAGUUUAGUUUCAUUCCUAAAGCGACAGAUCAUCAGACCUGUGUUUAAAGCCUCGCUGCCAAACGUGUGGAAUGAAAAUGCAUGUUGGAUAUUAAAAAUCCUUUUAUACUUUCCACGUAGCCAAACCUGACAACUCCUCGCCUCAAACGGCCCCAUACAAACACUGUCUGCUACUGAUGACAUCACCAGCUCCGGGCUGGUGAUUGGUCGAUGCAGCAUGACGUCAGAAAUGCCAAACCAGUCUGAAACCAGGAGGUCUGAACUCAUUUGUUCCCUGAAAAUGCUUAAUGUUCAAAUCUCGUCAUUAGUUCCACACGUUGCUCAGUUUAUUCCCUGAGACUGGACGAAGCAGACGAGGGUCACACAGUGACAGGGACUUUACCUGGACACAGACGUUUACAUGAUGAUGAUGAUGAUGAUGAUGAUGGGAUGUGUUUUCAUUAGGACUUUGAAGUGAAAGAAAGACUUGUGUCCGUUUACUGACUUUUUGCCACGUCUGUCCGUCUGUGACUGAAAUAGAAGCAUCUGGUUAAAGCAGGAAAAAGCUUUUCAUGCUGUAAAGAACUGACAGAGCUCGGACAUGUUGUCAUAGUUUUAUAUUUUUACAUACGUGUAUCCACAGGAAUGAAUAAACACACACACUGAGCUUCCA